AGUUAAUACACCCAAAGGCAUUCGAAAUGCGACAUGGUCUCAUUACUGCUGCGGCUUAACACAGGACCUCAGAGACAAAGCGAUAGAGACAGAAAAGCUGGGGGAGAGAGAGAGGAUGCCUUGCAGCAAAGGGCCUGGACUGGAUUCCAGCACAGGCCACUGUGAUAGUUGACGCUGAAGAAAUACCAUGGGGAACCAAUGCUCUGCACUCAGGAGGGGUAAAAUAUCGAAAAAGGAGUGUUACAAACCUGAGCAAAAGAACAAUGAUGUUUCCACAACAGUGAAAAGUGGAGAAAAUGAUCCUCCCCUUCAAAGAUCAUCCCUGCAGGAGGAGUUGGGAGCAAUAAAGGAGGAGACUUUGAGGAGGCCAGACGAAGGGACCUCCUUUGAAAAAAUGGGUUGUGGUUACCCCAUCGUUCAAGUUAACUCCGCAAGUCCUUGCGGCUCUGAAACACAUGAUCCUGCUCCAGUCAGCACAGAGGAGAAAGAAGCUAACUGGGUGGACAACAACAUCGCUCACCUCAUUCAGAACGUCACUUCAGUGAUGCAGAUAGCGGAUAUAAUGCGCCAGCAGCGUGUUAUCCUUGAGGAGAUGUAUGCCAAUAUCCGGGCUGCCACAACCAGUAUGGAGCAGAUGAGGGUGCUGUACGGGGCUCUCAAAACUACAAAAGCCAAAUCUGUCUUCUUCAGGAUCCUCCACGAAAUUCAGCCAGUGACAUGUGAAACAGAAGAUGGCGUCAGAGAAGUCAUCAAAAAGCACAAAGCAUAUCUGAGGAAAAAGUUUAGCUAUGAGUCUGAAGGCACUGAAAAAAAUCAUGAGCAUGAAAAAUCGUUGGACAAAAUUUACACAGAGCUUCACAUUAUACAGGGAGAUAGUGGACGUGUCAACGCAGAACAUGAGAUCUGGGAGAUUGAAGAGAAAACAUGGAUUCAAACAGCUCAGGGCACAAAAAUCAACUGCAACGACAUCUUUAAAAGUAAAUCACAAGAUAGUGUUUCAUCUGGGCAGGACAGAAGAGAAAGGAGAGCUUUCAGAACUGUGAUGACAAAAGGAAUCGCUGGCAUUGGAAAAACUGUCUCCGUGAAGAAGUUCAUCCUUGACUGGGCAGAUGGGACAGCCAAUCCGGACAUGGACUUCAUCUUUGUACUACCAUUCAGGGAGCUAAAUCUGGUCUUAGAUAGGAAAUUUAGCCUUGUGACACUUGUGAGGGAAUUUCACCCAGAAAUGAAAAACAUAGCAGUUGCAAGAAUAUUUAAUAAUUGCAAAGUUUUGUUCGUUUUUGACGGUCUCGAUGAAAGCCAACUUCAGCUGGAUUUCAAAAGAGCCACAAGAUUGACAAAUGAGACUGAAGAAUCAUCGGUGGACACUCUGGUGACCAACCUCAUUCGGGAACACCUUCUUCCCUCAGCACUUCUCUGGAUAACCUCAAGACCAGGAGCGGUUCAGCGUAUCCCUUCUCAGUAUGUGUACCAGUGGACUGAAGUCAGAGGAUUUAAUGAUCCACAAAAAAUCGAGUACUUCAAGAAGAGAAUUGAGGACGUGGCAGUUGCUGAACAAAUCAUUAACUAUAUUACAAAGUCACGGAGCUUAUACAUUAUGUGUCACAUACCUAUCUUCUGUUGGAUUACAGCAAAGGUUUUUGAGCAUCUGCUGCUAAAAGAGGGCAACAUUCAAGAUGAAAACAUAAAGAUACCCACUACACUUACUGAGAUGUACACACACUUCCUUACAAUUCAGAUGCAGGUAGCUACUGAAAAGUAUGACACCCUUGAUGAGUCAGACACAGAGGAGAUCUUCAGAUCAAAUGAAGAAUUCAUUUUCAAAUUAGGCAGGAUGGCAUUUGAAUAUCUGACAGAAAGCAAAAUCAUAUUCACUGUCGAUGAUCUGAAAAAAUAUGGCAUUGCCAUAGACAAAGCUGGAGUGCAUUGUGGGUUGUGCACGGAGGUAUUCAAAGAAGAGAGUGCAUUCAACAGAAAGAAACUCUACUGCUUUGUGCAUCUGACAGUUCAGGAGUAUUUUGCUGCUCUCUUUGUGUAUCGCACUUUUGCAAGUAAAAAAAUUGAUUCUCAAAGCCUCAAGGAUUUCCUGCUUAAAGAGUCUGAGGAAGAGUUGAAGCCAAUCUUAGAUGCAGAUCCAGUGGAUCUACCUUUGGAUGAGCUGAUCGAAAUCACAAUAGCUAACGCAACUCUGAGAAAGAAAGGCGAAAUGGACAUGUUCCUUAGGUUCCUCAUUGGCAUGUCUCUUCAAUCAACACAAGAGCUGCUUCAAGGCCUGAUUCAACAGACAGAUGAACACUCUGCAGUUGUUGAGGAAGUUAGGAAAAGUCUAUUAGAAAUAGAUUUAGCGGACUGCUCACCUGAAAGAUGCCUGAACCUUGUCCACUGCCUGAUUGAGCUGAAAGACUGUUCCCUACAUGAUAGUGUGAAGCAGUAUCUUCAACCAAAUCCUAGUCCAGAAAGACAGCUCUCCCCUGUUCAGUGCUCAGUUGUGGCCGACUCAAUUCUGAUGUCAAGGACGCCUCUAGAUGAAUUCAACCUGAAGAAAUACAGACCAUCAGCAAAAGGUAUUUUUAGGCUUCUCCCAGCUGUGAGGAACUGCAGAAAAGCAAGGAUCUCAGGAGUGUCUCUCGAUAAUUGGCUUUCUGAGACAAUCGCCUCAGCUCUUCGGAUGCCAAACUCUGUGCUGACUGAACUGCACCUGAUGAAUAAUACUGUUUGGGGGCAAAGCAUAAGCAUCUUGAGUGAUGCCCUGAUGAACUCUCAGGCUAAACUAGAAGCACUUAGUCUUUCAGGUGACGACCAUACAGAUGUAGAGCGUGAAAAGUUGGCAUCAGCUAUCAAAUCAGUCAUCUCAAAUCUAAGAGAACUGGAGCUGAGUAACAACAUCCUGUGUGGCUCUUCAUUAUACUCUGUGGUUUCUGUUGGGCUUUGCCAACCAAAGCUGGAGAAGCUCAGACUGAACCGAAAUUUUGGGAUUACAAACAUCUGUAAGGAGAUAGUGACGAGAUUCACAUCCAACCCAUGCUACCUGCGAGAACUGGACCUAAGUUACAAUGAUUUUGAAGACUCAGAAAUGGAGAUCCUCUCAGCAGCGUUGAUGAGCAUGCACUGUACACUGGAGGUAUUGAGUCUCAGUCACAACAAACUCUGUGAGAAAGGCUGUCAGACGUUGGCCUCAGCACUCGACUCUAAGACUUCACGCUUGAGAGAGGUUGACCUGAGCUACAAUGACCUGCAGGACUCAGGAGUGACGGCACUCUGUAAUGCACUGAUGAAACCACUCUGUGGUUUGAAAACGCUAAGGCUGUCAUUCUGUAAAGUGACAGGAGAUGGAUGUGCCUCUCUGGCCUCGGCUCUGAGGUCGGACCACUGCAGCCUCAGGGAGCUGGACCUGAGCUUUAAUCACCUCACAGAUCAAGGAGCCAAGCUGCUGACUGAAAUACAGAGGGAUUCACGCUGCAGUCUGGAGAAACUCAAUGUGGACCAAAAUGAAGAAUACUGGUUCGACUGGAAGCUACUGAGACAGUAUGCCUGUGAUUUGACUCUGGACAUCAACACAGCAGACGUGAAUCUAAUUUUGACAGAAGAGAACAAAAAGGCGUCACAUGUUGGCGAGAAGCAGCCAUAUCCUGACCAUCCAGACAGAUGUACCAGUUUUCAGGUGCUGUGUGAAGAGGGUUUGACAGGUCGCCAUUACUGGGAGGUUGAGUGCAACUCAGCUAAUGUUGGAGUGGCAUACAAAAGUAUUGACAGGGUGGCAGACUUUUCAAGUGAAACAUCUUUUGGACGAAAUGAAAAGUCCUGGUGCUGGUUAAGUGAAGGUUCAUUUCAUCAUAACAAUUCCUGUCUAAACUUUAUCAACCGUUCUACAAAGUCGGAUACCAUAGGAGUGUUUCUGGACUGGCCAGCAGGUAUUUUGUCCUUUUUUCAGCUGUUUCCUGAUAGACUGAUUCACCUGCACACUACCUGCACAACUUUCACUGAACCACUCCAUCCUGGUUUCAGUCUAGCAUAUGGAUCAAUUUACCUCUGUAAAAUACAGUAACCAGAAAUGUUUAUGAAAUAGUCAUCCUGACCUGAUGGCUACAUGCAAAGACAGUCAUACAAUACAUGUCACUAAUCUACACAUUAGUUGCUGCAGGACUAAAUGGAAAACGUAUAUAGAAACUAAAUACAUAAGAAUAUAGUAUGUCUAGGAAAUAAAGUGUUGUAAUAAACAGGGGCCAGGAAGUACAUCCAUCAGAGUACUGUGGUACAAUAUACAGUGGUGCAGGAUUUGUCCUGCCAUUGAGCAAAAUCAGAGAGGAGAAGCACUGCUGAAAUAUGGCCCACAAUAAAUCAAAUGACUGUAAAAUACAGGAAUGGUAAAAGUACUCAGUUUCUUCUAGAAAAUCAAAUUUAACUGUCCUCGUUGUCAUGCAUUAUUGUAAAUAGUACACAGUCACAUUUGUAAUUUUUUUAUUAAAAAAUCCAUCUCACUGGACUAAACUACUAAACCAGUGAACUUAGCUAAUAAAUGAUAUGCUCAAAAGUCUGUUGCACCACAAAGCUCUAAUGAGCUCAAUCACACAGUUUGGUGUAAGAAAAUCUUCGAAGAUAAUCAAUAUAAAAACAACUUAAACACGUAUACAGAAACAUACAGUGAAUAUAACACGAACUUCACAGCAGAAGUAAAAAACAACAAAACUCAAAAUGAAAUUGACCGGACUACAUUAUGGGGCUCAGAAUCAUCGAGAACUCAAAAAGAUGGCCUUAAUGGAUUGUAAAUUGUGUUUAAAUUUAUUGCUUAAACGAAAAGUAUUUAAAAUGAGUGUUAGAGCGGUAUAUAUAUUCAUUUUUAUGUUUAUUUUAUUGUUGUUGUCAUAGUUUACCAUAUAGUUCAUUCUUCUUUGUACUUUUAUUUGUUGGACUUUUUAAUUGUGGUGCUGUAAUGGAAAAUGAAUUUUGAACUGCUGGAGGUUUUGCGCUUACUUUCUAUUGCAAUGUGUCAAAACCACUUAGGUGAGCGACUGCGCCUGACUUACUUCCUCUGCAACUGAACUGCAACUGAAAUAGGCGUCAGCUGUCAACUUGAGUCAGACACCUCAGCAGAGGCAGCAGAAGGUUUUGUGGCCAAGACAAGGCAGCAGUAAAUUGCUCAUUUUGGCAAUGAACUUGUGAUCUUUGUAUGUGCAUAGGUAAAGUGAUAUUGCAAUAUACCUAGAGACACAACUCUUAAUGGAAGUUCUUUUUAUCACAGAAAUGUCGACAUCACUUUUUUUGAUUAGUUUUUUCCACAGACUGUAGAGUUUGUUUUUUGCAUGUAAAGUUUUGUUACAUGGUUUUGAAAAGUGAUGCAAUUUAUUCUACAAUUUUUACAUUUCUUUUCAAUAUAUAGAGUAUACUUGUUUUAUUCCUUAUAUUUCCCUGUCAGCAGUGAUACCCCCACACUGCAUGACUCAUACUGAACUCAGCUUGUACAGGCAGGUUUCCAUUCUUUCUCAUAGUUCUCUCUUUCCUUAUCUACUUUCAUUUCAUUUCGUUCUUAACUGAUAUGCCAGAACUUGGUCUGCAAGUUUACUGGUUGAAUGUGAUUUUUUAUCAUUUUGUCAGAUCAACUAACAGAAAAACUGUCACUGCAUUUUAUUAGUGUAACACUAGAGGGGGAUGCUUGACAGGAUAUGGCAUACCAGACCAACUGAUGGUGCAGGCAUGUUGGUUUAUUGUGUGUGGUUAUGUCUGUGUGCGUGUGUGUGCGUGUGUGUGUGGUUAUGUCUGUGUGUGUGUAAACGGCAUAUUCAUAUCUUGCAUAUUUGUAUCUCGAUAAUAAGGAAGCACGUGCACUUGUGAUGUCCUACUUCCAUCCUCCCUUGAAAUCACAGGGUUGCUUGUGUAAAUGCAGAGGUUCUGCUGCUUUCAGUACAUGACUUUUCUGAAAGAAUGCAGCUUAUUUGAAGUUAUAAUAAAUUAAAAUGGUUU